AUGCAGUGGGGCAGGACAAUGCGCUGGAACCGCAGCAACAAGAGCUACCCUCGCCCUUUGCGUUGGAUCGUCGCGCUCUAUGGGCCGGAGGUCGUUCCCGUAUCAUGGGCGCAUGUCACCGGCGGGCGGGUCAGCCGCGGGCCCCGCUUCCGCGAUGCGCGGGCGCGUCUGCCCGCCGGCGAGUUUACCACCUUUAGCAUUGCCGAUGCCGACAGCUACUUCGAUGCCGCGGCCGCGCAAGGCAUCCAGCUACGCCGUGAAGAUCGCCGCAGCCUGAUCGCGGCAGCUGUACAGGAACUGGCCGCCCGCGCCGCUACCAUCGAAACGGGAGGUGCCGACCCGCUACCGCGCGGGACCUACGAAUGGGGGCCGGACGAGGAACUUCUGGAAGAAGUCACCGAUCUGGUGGAAUCGCCGCAGGCCAUUCUCGGCUCCUUCGAGCAGCGCUACCUGGACCUACCGCAAUCGAUCCUGACAGCAGUGAUGAAAAAGCACCAACGCUACUUCCCGGUUGUGGCCAAGCCCUCAGGCUCGGACGGCGCCUCCACUCUGGCUCCUCGCUUUAUCACGAUCGCCAAUGCCGACGAUUUGGACCAUCCCGCAGUGGUGCGGCAGGGCAAUGAGGGCGUCAUCCGCGCCCGCUACGCUGAUGCCGAAUUCUUCUUUCGGCAGGAUACGGCCAAGCCCCUCGACACCUUUACCGAACGUCUGGAUACCCUCACAUUCCACGCCAAACUCGGCUCGAUGCUCGAGAAAGCGGCUCGCCUACAAACGCUGGCCCCCCAGAUCGCACAGAUGCUCGGGAGCAGCGAGGAGGAGGUAGAGACCUCUCGCCAGGCCGCCGCGCUCUGUAAGGCGGACCUGGUUACCUCCAUGGUAGUCGAAAUGACCAGCCUGCAAGGGGCAAUGGGCGAAAUCUACGCCCUGAAAAGCGGCGAACCACCACCGGUGGCACAGGCGAUCCGGGAGCACUACCUGCCCCGCUUCGACGGCGAUUCCAUCCCCAAGAGCGCAGCCGGCCUUGCCCUGAGCCUUGCCGACAAACUCGAUAGCUUGGUCGGUCUCUUUGGUGUCGGCGUGACGCCCAGCGGCAGCGCCGAUCCCUUUGGUCUGCGCCGUGCCGCUCUGGGAUCGUGA